AUGCGGCCCUCCCAGACAGCGCUGUGGCUGGGUCUGGUUUUGUCUUUGGCCCUCCUGGCUGUGGGGUGGGCCUCAGCCCGACCACCCAUCUAUGUCAGCAGCUGGGCAGUGCGGGUGACCAAAGGUUACCAGGAGGCUGAGCGCCUGGCACGUAAAUUUGGCUUCGUCAACCUGGGACAGAUCUUUCCUGAUGACCAGUAUUUCCAUCUGAGGCACCGGGGUGUGGCCCAGCAGUCCCUGACUCCGCACUGGGGCCACCGUCUGCGCCUGAAGAAAGAGCCCAAGGUGCGGUGGUUUGAGCAGCAGACUUUGAGGCGGCGGGUGAAGCGCUCCCUGGUGGUACCCACAGACCCCUGGUUUUCCAAGCAGUGGUACAUGAACAAGGAGAUAGAACAAGAUCUCAACAUCCUAAAGGUUUGGAACCAGGGACUGACUGGCCGGGGAGUGGUGGUCUCCAUCUUGGAUGAUGGCAUUGAGAAGGACCAUCCGGACCUCUGGGCUAAUUAUGACCCCCUGGCCAGCUAUGACUUCAAUGAUUACGACCCAGAUCCCCAGCCUCGAUACACACCCAACGAUGAGAACCGGCAUGGAACACGCUGCGCUGGGGAGGUGUCUGCCACAGCAAACAACGGUUUCUGUGGUGCCGGUGUGGCCUUCAAUGCCAGAAUUGGAGGCGUGCGCAUGUUGGAUGGAGCCAUCACUGACAUCGUGGAGGCUCAGUCCCUCAGCCUGCAGCCGCAACACAUACACAUCUAUAGCGCCAGUUGGGGCCCCGAGGAUGAUGGGCGCACAGUGGACGGACCCGGCCUCCUCACGCAGGAGGCCUUCAGGCGUGGUGUAACCAAGGGCCGCCAAGGGCUGGGCACGCUGUUCAUCUGGGCCUCGGGAAACGGUGGCCUCCACUACGACAACUGCAAUUGUGACGGCUACACCAACAGCAUCCACACGCUGUCAGUGGGCAGUACCACGCGGCAGGGCCGAGUGCCCUGGUACAGCGAGGCCUGCGCCUCCACGUUCACCACCACCUUCAGCAGCGGUGUGGUCACCGACCCACAGAUCGUCACCACGGACCUACACCAUCAAUGCACCGACAAGCACACGGGCACCUCGGCCUCCGCCCCGCUGGCCGCUGGCAUGAUCGCCCUGGCGCUGGAGGCCAACCCGCUGCUGACCUGGAGGGACCUGCAGCACCUGGUGGUCCGCGCGUCCAGGCCGGCGCAGCUGCAGGCGGAGGACUGGAGGAUCAACGGCGUGGGGCGCCAAGUGAGCCACCACUAUGGCUAUGGGCUGCUGGACGCGGGGCUGCUGGUAGACCUGGCUCGCGUGUGGCUCCCUACUAAGCCUCAGAAGAAAUGCACCAUUCGGGUGGUGCACACCCCAACCCCCAUCCUGCCUCGGAUGCUGGUGCCAAAGAACGUGACUGUGUGCUGCGAUGGCUCGCGCCGCCGCCUCAUCCGCUCGCUAGAGCAUGUUCAGGUCCAGCUGUCGCUCUCCUACAGCCGCCGCGGGGACCUGGAGAUCUUCCUCACCAGCCCCAUGGGCACGCGCUCCACGCUUGUGGCCAUCAGACCCUUGGAUAUCAGCGGCCAAGGCUACAACAACUGGAUCUUCAUGUCUACUCACUACUGGGAUGAGGACCCGCAGGGCCUGUGGACCCUGGGGCUGGAGAAUAAGGGCUACUAUUAUAACACAGGAACUCUGUACUACUGCACGCUGCUGCUGUAUGGGACGGCAGAGGACAUGACAGCGCGGCCCCAGACCCCCCAGGUGACCAGCUGCGCGCACGCAUGUGCAGAGGGACACAGAGGGGCUGUGCCAGGAAAGUCAUUGUCCCCUCUCCAUCGUGGCAGAACUCUGCCUCAUCUCCAGCAAGCAGUGGUGGUGGCUCUACAGCCACACACAGCAGCCAGUGACCAAGGGACAGGACAGCUGUCACCCUCCUACCACACCUGCUCGGCAGCUUGACCAGCGACUACACUGCCUGUUCCCUGCCCCUCAUGCUGGGAGUGCUUCAGAGCCCCUCCAAGGCUUGUCACCUCUGGCAGCCAUCCUGGCUAUCAGUCUUGGGCCAUGGUGCUGUCCCUGCUAACCAGGGCCUUUGGAAGGCCCCUCAUCUUGAGGAAGGCCCACCUCUCCCCAGGCUGGAUACCCCUGGAGAGCCAGAGAUGCCCCACUCUCAGGACAGAAGGCCGGUACCCCAAGGCCCUGCUCCCAGGCCGGGAUAGGAAUAUGCCCCAGAAGGCCACGGCAGAGAGCUGCAUGGGUCACGUGACAGCCCGCAGCUCAGCCUCAGCUGCUCCCAGUGGAAGAGACGUUUCCUCACUCUUUUUGGAGCAGGUAUGGCAGACAAGAGGUCAGACCACAGCCACCAACCACCUGCCCCUUCCCUGUCUCCAAACCAUCCCCAUGUCUAACCUCAUAGUUGGCAAAUAAAGUUAAACAGAA